CGAGGCCAUGCACGGGCAGGCUUGAAGCUUGCACGGCCGUGCGCCUGGCCGUGCAAGGUGGAUGAAGGCCGAAUAAUUGAUACGGUGCGUUUUGAGGGUGCACGGCCAGAAUGGUGUUGUGCACGGCCGUGCACCUGGCCGUGCAACUCGGGAAAGUCGGUUUUAAAGCCUAAUUCGAGCCAAAAGUGAGAGAAUCGUGUUUUGAGAGCAAAAACAGAG